ACCAUGGAAUCAAAGCUAAAACAGCUCAAGGUCGUCGACCUCAGGGACAUCCUCUCAAAGGCUGCAGUCUCAAUCCCUGCAAAGGCAAACAAGCAGGACCUCAUCAAUAAAAUUGUCGCUACUCCAGCUGCUGUCCAAGUUUACCAGAAACAGCAUCCUUCAGCAACACCAAAAAAGACGCCUUCAUCAGCAAAGGCUCCAUCGGUGUCCACGUCAAAUGAUGAUUUGUUGGCUCCCCCUGAAGACUUGGACUUUGACGACCCUGGUCUUCCACAAGAAGCUCCUGUCGUGAAACCUUCUCCUACGAAACAGCCUCCUGCAUACAAGCUAUCUCGUUCAGAUGUACCUAUGCCUGAUGCCCCAGCUGAAUCGCCCGCCGAACCUCCAUCCUCAGAAACGCCCACUGAUGCACAACCCGCUCAAGACACGGUAGUAGACGAAGAGCUCGCCCGACGAAAAGCCAGGGCAGAGCGUUUCGGUAUCCCCUUAGUCGAACCUAAAGCUCGUCCACAGAAAGCCAAAAAAGACUCGCCAAAGCAGUCACAAAUCAAAGCCUCCGCCGUGAACGACGACCCUGAGAAACUCCAAAAUCGUGCUGCUCGGUUCGGUAUUCCCCAGAAAGCCUCCAACGGCUCCACUGGCCAGAAACGGGCUGCACCAGUCGAGGAAGUUGAUGCCGAGGAGCUCGAAAGAAGGAAGAAGAGAGCGGAGAGGUUUGGUACUGGUGCCAAAGCAUAAAUUAUCGAUAUUCCCCUCAUAUUAUUACUACACCAUGAACACUAUGUGUUGUUGUCUCGUCGUAUGUUUUGUAGUGUUUAUAAUAUCAUUUCUUGCUGAAUGGAGG